UGCUCUACUCAAACAGGGCCUAGUCCACUAAACAUUUCGGGAGCCGGCAUUAGAUCCCUAUACCAGGGCGGUGCGCAGGAUAUUCAAACUAAAUAACACGUCUUUUGCCAAAGGGGCGAUCCCCACUCCACGCUGGGUGCGUGCGAGCCCUCGGGAGUCAGACUGUGGACAGGCGUGGCAGUGGGCUGGUCCGGGCGCACCGAGCGGUGAACAGAAAAACCAAAAAAACACCAAGGGUCCACUGGUUUGGGAUCAGCUGAGGCCCUGAGACGAGCUCCCACAAAGGAUCCCCUGCGUCGCUACCCAAUCGUGACACACUGACUGCAAUUAACCCCACAUCUGCUUCUUGGACGAGGACGCGCCUCCAGGGCCGUGGGUGUGCCGCACCCGAAAAGACGACUGCGUCCUGAAGGAUGCUCUGAGGUAUCCCCGCCUACUCCUGGCUGUGAUACACCCACUGCGAUACGUAAAAGAUGAGCAAGUCUCCCAGCCCCAAAGGCACCCCGGUGCAGCGCAGCCCCAGUGAUGGGCUCCCCGAGGGCCUCGUAUCUCCUCAGCACUCCACACCCAGCUCCGGACCCCCGCAUAAGAAACACAUCUCCAGCCUUCUUCAGAGUCCGUCAUUCAGGGAGGAGCUGGAUGUGCUGAUCCAGGAGCAGAUGAAGAAGGGCGGCAGCUCCUCCAACCUGUGGGCUCUGAGGCAGCUGGCUGAUUUUAUGGCCUCGCACGGCUCCCCAGCCUCCCUUCCCGUCUCCCCCUCCAACAUGAUGAUGGUGACGCCCAUCAACGACCUGCAGAGCUGGGAGCCCGGCAGCAUGGUGAAGGGCGAGAGGUUGAUGCGCUGCAAGCUGGCCAGCGUCCAUCGCCUGUUUGACCUGUACGGCUGGGCCCAGAUCAGCCGCACCUGCCUCACCCUGCGCGUCAGCAAAGAACAGGAGCACUUCUUGGUGCUUCCAGACGGCCUGGCCUACAGCGAGGUGACCGGGUCCAGUCUGGUGAAGGUGAACGUGCUGGGGGAGACGGUGGAGAGGGGCAGCACCAACCUGGGCGUGGACUCCGAGAAGUUCAGCCUGCACUCCGCCAUCUACUCGGCCCGGCCGGAUAUCCGCUGUCUGCUUCACCUCCACACGCCGUCCACGGCCGCGGUUUCGGCGAUGAAGUGCGGCCUCCUGCCUCUGUCCCACGAGGCUCUGCUGGUCGGUGAUGUCGCCUAUUACGACUACAAUGGAGUCAUGGCGGAGGAGGAGGACAGAGUGGAGCUGCAGAAGAGCCUCGGCCCGACCUGUAAGGUUCUGGUGCUGAGGAAUCACGGCAUCGUGGCUCUAGGAGAGUCCGUGGAGGAGGCCUUCUAUUCCAUCUACCACAUCCAGGCUGCCUGCCAGAUCCAGGUGUCGGCUUUGUGCUGUGCCGGUGGUGAACACAACCUGAUAAUGCUGGACAGAACCACCCACAAACCCAACGCAGCCGGCACCGUGGGCUGGGCCGGCUCCACCUUCGGACCGCUGACCAAGAGCCGCAUCGGGGAGCACGAGUUCGAGGCCCUCAUGAGAACCCUGGACAACUUGGGCUAUCGUACAGGCUACGCCUACCGCUUCCCCGUGCUGCUGGAGCGCUCGCGGACGCGGAGGGAGGUGGAGGUGCCCCCGACCGCCACGGCUUUCCACCAGUUCGAUGACGACGGGGUCCACCCGGCUCUGAGGCAGCACCCGUUUGCUCAGCGGCAGCAGCAGGAGAGGACUCGGUGGCUCAACACCCCAAACUCCUACCAAAAAGUCAGCCAGGAGCAAGCCAGCCCGGGACACCAGCGCAGCACUUGGCUGAAGGCAGAAGAGGUAACUCAAGCCGGCAGCACGGCCAUCAAGAUGGAGAACCAAAACCAGUUUGUGCCUCUUUUCACCAACCCUCGAGAGGUGAUUGAGACACGGAACAAGAUCCGACAGCAGAAUCGUCAGGACAUGAAGACAGCAGGACCACAGUCUCAAGUCCUCGCCGGCGUCAUAACGGUCGACAGCCCUCCGUCUCCGGUGAACCCACCUAACGUCCCGCCGGAGCCGGAACCCCCCAACCCCUUCAACCAGCUGACAGACCAGGAGCUGGAGGAGUACCGAAAGGAGGUGCAGAAGAAACAGGACGGAGGGACCAAUGGGGAGGAGGUGGCAAACGACCAGGAGUGUCCCCCUGCUACCUCCCCCGCAAAGGGCCCUGCGCCCAGCCCCCCUCCCCUCUCAGGGGAGGCAAAGCCCGACACUCCGGCCAUGCAGAACGGGGGCGAGGAGGAGAAGCAGACGACGGAGGAACUGGAGAAAGGGAUGAAGGCGCUUUCGACCAACGACACCUCCUCCCCGCCCGCCGCCCCGCCGCCGAAACCGCAAGGCGGCACCCGAGGCUCGCCCUCCAAGUCCCCGACCAAGAAGAAGAAGAAGUUCAAGCCGCCGUCGUUCCUGAAAAAGAGCAAGAAGCAGAAGGGAAAAGCGGAGACCUGAGGGGGUUCAGACCUCCCCCCCCCCCCCCUUCCUCCCCUGACCUCGGUGAAAUACUACUUGUGAAACAUUUCUUAGCGUACGACAGAGUAGCAGACAACUUAUCCGUUGUGUUCAAACACAGUCGAGAUGUCGUUCACUGACACUAA